UUUCCUCCCUCUCUUUCUUCGCCUCUUAUACCUUACAGCCGCCGCCUCUCAAUCUCUCGUCCCUUCUCAUCACUCCCCUUUAAACUCCAUUGAAGAUUGUUGCCCAAGCUUCCACAAAAAUCCCUCAAGGUAAGUGCCCCGUUUCGCUAAGUCUUUGGUGGACCUUGUUGACGGAGGUUAAGACUGUUUGGGUUAUUUCAAAAGCAACUCCACCAAUGAAGAGUAAAAAGGGAAGUAAGAAGCGUGCAGCAGCACUGGAUCCAGAUCUUCCAACUGUUAAAGACAUCGUUGAACUUGGUCAUGGAGAGGCUGCAGACGGAGUCCUUGUUGACGAUGAUUUGAAUGAACCAACCAUGGGAGAAAAACUUGAAAGUUUAAAUUUACUAGAUAAUGAUGGACCAAAGAGCCAAGAUAAAGAAGACUCUUCUCUCAAUGCAAAGCCUCCAAGUGCAGACUCUGUUCAUAUUUUACUUAAACAAGCACUACAUGCCGAAGACCGUGCCCUUCUAUUAGAUUGCUUAUACACCCAAGAUGAGAAGAUCAUUGCAAAGUCUAUCUCACUGUUGAAUCCAUCUGGUGUUUUGAAGCUCUUACAAUCUCUCAUUUCUAUUAUUCAGUCGAGAGGUGCAAUUUUGGCAUGUGCACUUCCAUGGUUGAGAAGUCUACUUCUUCAACAUGCAAGUGGUAUAGUGUCCCAAGAAUCUUCUUUAAGUGCCUUGAACUCCUUGUAUCAGCUCAUUGAGUCCGGAGUUUCCACUUUUCAGUCAUCUCUUCAACUAUCAAGUGUCUUAGACUUGCUUUAUACAGGGGUACUUGAUGAUGUGGAUGAGACUGGCACCACAAUUCCUGUUGUUUAUGAGGACAAUGAUGACAGUGAUGAAGAGGAAUCUGAGGAUGCCAUGGACACCGAUCAAGACGAUGAAGAUGAAGAGGAGUCAGAUGCGGCACUUGAUGGUGUUAGUGAUUUUGAAGGAAUUGAGGACAUAAGUGAUUAAUGCAAAAUUUGAGAUUCUUUCUGAUUGUAUUCAGAUGGGGCUGAUAAUGUUCCUAACUUAUUAGUAAUUGUACCAACCACAUGAGCUUUCAAUAUGAAAGAAAUUUUGUUGCA